GCGGGAGGCGGGGCCGCGCUGCCCGGGGGCCCCGGGACCCACCCGCCGGCCCUCUCACCACACAAACCCCGACACCGACACCGACACCGGGGACGUUAAUGAGGUUCCGCCUGAGAAGCCAUGGCAGAGAAAACGGUUAACGAGGCCCAGUUUUCUUUGAAGGCUUCCACUCUACGUGUCUUUGAUCUGCCUCUAUCUUGGUACUCUUCUUUUGCCCGGAUAAAAUUAUCUCCUGGUUUUAAAAAGCUGUUUGCAGUCACUGCAGUUAGUGUGGUGUCUAUAAUUUUUCUAGCCCGUCACUUUAAAAGAAGACGUAAAAAGAAAAAUAAGAAAACAUUACCGUGGGAACCAGGCCAUCUUGCAUUAGAAUGCAUGAAAACAGCCGUGUCUGAAAAAGGUUCCAGUUGUUCAAGUAGCCGACAAAAUUUGACACUUUCUUUGAGUUCAGCCAAAGAUAAAGGAUCACAAUCUUGUAUCUAUGCAAAUGGAGGACUUUUCAGUAAAUACUCUGGUUCAGCACAAAGUCUGGGCUCCGUCCAGAGUGCUAAUUCUUGUCACAGUUGUGCCUGUGCCAAUUCCAAUUCUUGGAGCAAAACAGAUGAAGAUGAUAUCAAACUCGUCAAUAUUCCUGUCACCACUCCUGAGAACUUGUAUCUGAUGGGUAUGGAGCUAUUUGAGGAAGCAUUGCGUCGAUGGGAGCAGGCAUUGACGUUUCGGAGUAGACAAGCCGAAGAUGAAGCGAGCUGCAGUUCUAUUAAGCUAGGGGCGGGAGACGCCAUUGCCGAGGAGAGCGUAGAGGACAUCAUUAGUGCUGAAUUCAUCCAUAAGCUUGAAGCUCUCCUGCAGCGAGCUUAUUGUCUCCAGGAGGAGUUUGAAGUCACUCUAGGGGCAUCUGAUCCUAAUUCCUUGGCUAACGACAUUGAUAAAGACACGGAUAUAACCGUCAAGGGGAAUACUGAUGAUUUUCUCCCACGAGACACACUGAGCGUCGCAUCAACGGAUUCCUUUGUUUCAACAGCUGAGCUUACAGAACACAGAGUGGUGCGACAUACAUUCAGUCUAGAUUCUCUUUGCCACUGUCCAUUCUAUGAAGAAGCCAUGCAUCUAGUUGAAGAGGGAAAGAUCUACUCAAGAGUACUUAGGACUGAGAUGUUGGAAUGCCUGGGAGACAGUGAUUUCCUUGCUAAACUUCAUUGUAUUCGACUGGCUUUUCAGGUAAUUCUUUCAGAAUCAGAGAACAGGAUAUUUCUUGCUGAAAGUGGAAGGAAAAUUUUGUCAGCUAUAAUUGUGAAGGCACGAAAGAAUCCAAAGAAAUUUGAAGAUGUCUUCGAUGAAAUGAUCUAUUUUCUAGAGGAAACGGACCAUUGGGAUUGUACGGAAAUGGAACUUGCAGCUAGAGGAGUGAAAAAUCUGAAUUUUUAUGACAUUGUCCUGGACUUCAUUUUAAUGGAUUCCUUUGAAGAUUUAGAAAAUCCGCCCAUAUCUAUACAGAAUGUGGUAAACAACCGUUGGCUAAACUCUUCCUUUAAAGAGACGGCAGUAGCAUCAAGCUGCUGGUCAGUGCUGAAACAGAAAAGGCAGCAGAUGAAGGUACCGGAUGGAUUUUUCGCUCACUUCUAUGCUAUUUGCGAACACAUCAGCCCUGUUCUGGCAUGGGGAUUUUUAGGUCCUAGAAACUCUCUCUACGAUUUAUGUUGUUUCUUCAAGGAUCAAGUCCUUUACUUUCUCAAAGAUAUAUUUGACUUUGAGAAGGUCCGCUAUUCAAGUAUGGAGACUUUGGCUGAAGAUCUUAUGCAACUGCUAAUUCGUCGCACUGAACUUUUAACAGCGUACCUUGGAGCAGAUUCACUGAGGCAUGCUAGCAGUUGUGUCAGUGGCCAUGGGCCUGUUGUGUCUGGUGGACUCCUGGAAGCAAAAGCUCAAUAAGUACCAUGAAGUGUAUGUAACAAAAAUCGUACAAGAAUCAUAAAAUCAUCUAUGUUGAUGAAUGUGGACUCAGGGAGGUUUCAAGAAAACAUCAAGGGAAAGAACACAUGAUCACACUGUAUAUACAUGUCAAAAAAAAAAGCUGUCACUCUAUCACUGAUAAAUAACGACUCCAAAGCGAUUUCCGUAGUCAGUGUGUUAAAAACAAAAUGAAGCAAACCAAAAUCCACUUUGAAAUGUUUUUCAUUUUCCACAAUAUUGCUUGUGAUUGAAGUCAGUACUGGAUCAGUGAAGUCAAUUGAUUUGUCUUCUUGAAGGCUGUUGUAUGAAAUGUGAAUGUAACAUGUCUCAUUUGACUUUAUGCUUUGUGCCUAGAAAUUUGAUGCUUCAGCCAAGGUUAUGUACCGUCUCGAUGCACUUGAUGUACUCUAUGGCACCCUUGUGCAAUCCAAUGUUACUCCUGUAAUGAUAAUGUAUUUACUUUGCCUUGAACUUGCAUUUCUAUGUGUAGCUAUGUUUUUGUACUAAAGCACAAUUUAAAUGAUGCAGUAAACAUGAUCAUUUAGGCAAUAAUUACUUCUAAUAUUCUAUUUAUAUCAUUGCCGAAGUAAUUGCUUUUGUAACUUAAUUUAGAAAAUUAUAAAGGCUAGCGGGUGGUAAUUUUAAACCGCCUAAAUGACUCAGCAUGGAGGAUUUUACCAUUGAAGCCCUGCUCUUUUUUCCUAGCACUAUAGAGACUGUUUAUCUAUUGAGGGCUUUAGAGAAUCUGUCUUUUAAACUACUGAAUUGCAAAUUGGUUUGAGAGUACAGCGCAAAUUAUCUAUAAAGACAGUUAAACCAAGUGCUUAGUACAUUGCUCUGCACACAGAAAGCGCUCAGCAGAUAUCACUGAUGAUGACAAUGGUGAACUGUAUGUAGUUACCCAAAGUAGCAUUGAAAUUACUCAGCACCUAAAGAUGUGCCCUUACCCCCAGUGAGACUCCUCCAAUUUCAUCUCCCACCAAGUCAGCUUCCAGUUGUCUCAAGGGAUAAGCUAGUGCACUUGAAAAAUAAAUAGUUUUAG